AUGCCAUACACACAAUUUAAUAAUUACACACAGCAUACAUCAUAGUAUUUAAGUGAUAUUCAGAACAGUGACGAAUAGUGGCAGAAAAGUGCAACCAUAGUUGCAUGCAGCUACUUACAUUCACCGAGCGCCACCUGAUGGACAAAACAAGAUUUACAGUAUCACGUCACAAAUGUACUGCACACUCGGAUAAAUUAUUUUUAGUGCGUGUUUGUGUUAUUGUUCUUAUUCUCCUGGCACUAUUCUAGAGGAACAUUAAACAAAGUGUGAUGUUAAUAAAUAAAUGGCAAAAAAACCCCGUUUUAUUUUAUUUCCAGUAUUAACAACCUGUUUAAAGUUAUGAGUGGAUCUAUAAACAUUUACACAUUAUUAAAUUUACAUUUGAGGUCCAAAGAUCGGAGAUUAUGUUUACUUAAAUAUGUAAAAGAAUAGUGCAUUUUUAUAAUUUAAGACAAAGCUAUAUUUUUGUGGCUUUUUAGUCAUCCGUCAGAUAUUCUGGCUUUCUUUGUCAACUCUGCUAGAUAGCAUGAAUCCUUAGGUUCAAACUCUGUCGUUAAAACGGAGUGACUAAAAAUCAUUUUUAGAAUUUAAAAUCACAAAAGUGCAAAUCGGAGGUGCGUGUUUCCUAUGGUCUCACUUCACUGUGUGCAUAUGAAACGACUCUAUUAAAUUCAUUGAAGAAAUUUUGAAAAUAUAAAGGAUUCAAAACUACUUAAGUAUAAGUGAAUGAAAAGAUUCAUAAAUAAAUAUAGAUAUACGUGAUCAGUGGCAUUGCUAGGCCCUUUUUAGGGGAGCUAAAGCCCCCUAUAGCUCUAGCUUAGCCCCCUUAAAAUAUUGUGAGUAAUAAUGUAAUCUGUACAAGAAUUGGAGAUCGCUUUAUAGUCCCCUUUAAAACUCUUAUUAUGAAAACGGCGUUAGGCUGCGAGCGCAUUCUUCAGUACAGCAGCACAUUGGAUUGACCGUCAUAAACAGAGUAACGUUACGAGGCGUGUGUAUUAACAUGACAUCUGCAUCUUUGCCAUUCUUUGUUAUAAUGCAGCUUAAUAGCGAUACAAGACCCUUUCCCAUCCACUGUAAAAACAUAUACAUAUAUAUAUAUAUCCUCAUUCGAGGCUGAGCCCCCCUAAUAUUGAAAACCUAGAAUCGCCCCUGUACGUAAUUAAGAAAUAAUGGAAUGUAGAAACGUAUGGAAAUGUAGAAAUUAUGGCCUUGUCUUGACCAAAGUCGCGUGAGUGAAAGACACAUUUAAAUCAAAGCCACACCUGCAUCCAGCUGCGAGCCAAUCACCUGCUGCAGCGAGGUCACGGACGACACACCCAUCUUCCCUCAAAACCAAUGGGAACGCGAGGGGCGCGGGGACGAAUUCCACGCGCAUCAGAGCACAUCUGCACAUGUGUCGGAGGAAUUUCACGAGCUCCGCGUGACUCCCAGGUGUUUAUGGGAUUAUGGGCAGUCGACAACAAUGGCUCACGCGACUGAAGAAUGAGUUGAGCGACAGUCCACUCGUGUCCAACGUGGCCUUCGGCUUCAUCCUGAUGGGUCUGGAGAAGUUGGUGGAGCUGGAGUUCGAGUGUCCGUGUGAUCCGGCGUGGAACGGACUCUUCUCGUCCGCAUUCUUCAUGAUCCCCGCGGUCAUGGCCCUCGCGAUUAUGAUGAUCGUCCAGGGCUGCAGGUGCGAGGUCUCGCGCAGGAGGUCCGUGUCUCUGUCCAGUGUCGUGCCCGCGGUGGUCUGGUUGAUUCUGCUCUUUUUGGACGGUCAGUACUUGGCCUGCGCGAUGACGGACUGGCACGGGAGGUACGUGAUCGUGGAUAAAGCCGCGCCGCAGAAGUGGUGCGAGCCCACGCAAGACCAGGAGAGCGUUUCUCCUCGAGACCUCAUGCUGCGCUCACAGCGGCUGUUCGUGGAGUCUCAGGUGAUCGGGAUAGUGCUGCUGAUCUUCAUCUGUUUUGGACUGGUGGUGUAUGUCAUCCGUGAGAGCUGUCAGCGAGAGCUGGAAACUCCAGACGUCAAUGUGGCGGAGAUGAGUCUGUACCGCGCCAGCUGACACCAG